GACACUUUAAUAACUAACAGGAGCAUCCUUACGCGCACCUGAAUGUGCCAUGGAGCCAGUCGUACGCAAGAGUUGGMGGAGAGUCUUUCACAAUCUCUACAGAACCUUGAUUGUUCCAAAGACAAACCAUUCAGUUCAGGCUGAGUAUACAGCUGUCCCUGCCUCCCCCCACUCCAGUCAUGUCAAGUCCCCGCUCCUGGUAUCUCGACUCUUCCAGCCUUCAAACCUGCGUGACCUGGGGCAGGACAACCGGCUGGCGGGAGAAAUGAGCUGUAAGAGCCAGAGGCUCAUGCAGCAAGCUGGGCUCAUCCAUCCAUCAAACCCAGGGUGCUACUACUACCUUCCUGCCACUGUCCGCUCCAUGGAAAAGCUGAUAAGGGUGAUUGACCAGGAGAUGCAAGUGAUUGGCGGACAAAAGUUAGACAUGCCCAGUUUGUGCUCGGCUGAUCUCUGGAAAACCAGUGGGCGCUGGGAUUUAAUGGGAAGUGAGCUGUUCCGACUAAAAGACCGCCACRGUACGGACUACUGCUUGGGUCCCACACACGAGGAGGUAGUGACCACUCUUGUUGCUCACCAGGCGACUCUCUCCUACAGACAGCUGCCUCUGCUGCUCUACCAAAUCACCAGGAAGUUCAGAGAUGAGCCGAAGCCCAAAUUUGGUCUCCUACGAGGCAGAGAGUUCUACAUGAAGGACUUGUACUCCUUCGACGUGAGCGAAGAAGCUGCUCAUCAGACGUACGAGACGGUGUGUCGAGCGUACUCUCGGCUCUUUGCCAGGCUGGGCCUGCGAUGCGUUCAGGUGCAGGCGGACACRGGAAACAUCGGCGGCACGCUCUCCCACGAGUUCCAUCUGCCGGCAGACACCGGCGAGGACCGGCUCCUGGCUUGUGGGAACUGUUCCUUCGCAGCUAAUGUGGAGACUUUGUCUUCAGACAGAACUGACUGUCCGCAGUGCAACACUGGUACACUGGUAGAGUCACGUGGCAUAGAGGUGGGACACACUUUUUAUCUGGGUAAAAAGUACUCAAAUGCUUUCCAAGCCACCUUUGGAAGUGUCCAGAACAAACUUACUGUUGCUGAGAUGGGCUGCUUUGGUCUCGGCGUGACCCGUAUUCUUGCUGCAGCCAUUGAGGUGAUGUCAACAGAGGACAUGAUCCGCUGGCCGGGCCUUAUCGCCCCUUAUCAGGUCUGUGUUUUACCCCCGAAAAUGGGCAGUAAGCUGGAUGGGGCAUCAGCCAUAACAGAAGAACUGGUUCACACUUUGGGAGAAGCUCUUCCUCGUUUGAGAGGUGAAGUUGUUCUUGAUGACCGCACACAGAUGACCAUUGGAAAGAGGCUAAAGGACGCCACUCGACUGGGCUAUCCAUACAUCCUUGUAGUUGGACAAGGAGCUCUGGAGGAAACUCCAAAGUUUGAGGUGAUUUGUCAGCAGACAGGUGAGACGAGGUUUCUCAGUAAAGAUGGAGUGCUGGAUCUCCUGGGAAAAGUGGAAACAGUUUAACAAAAAACWAAUUUUUAAACAUUAUUUAAAAUUUGCAUUUGUUUGUAUUUUUUUAAAGUGAACAAUAAAAUGUGUUCGUGACACUUAAAACUUGUAAAAGCUGMGGUAAACUUGAUGUGAAAAUCGAUUUAAAUGCAUUUUGUCAUGACGGUGCAAUAAAAAGAAAAAUAUGACCAGA